CAUCUAAAAACUAAUCGUUGCAUCGUUUUAUUUCUGUCUCGUUCAGGCGCUGGAGAAUCAGGCAAAUCAACAAUUGUCAAACAGAUGAGGAUAUUACAUGUCGAUGGAGGGUUUGGCCCUGAAGAGAGAAAGUUGAAGAUAGAAGACAUAAAAAGGAAUAUCAGAGAUGCAAUAUUGACUAUCACUGGAGCUAUGAGUACAUUAAAUCCACCUGUAGAGUUAGAUGACUCGAGUUUAAUGCAUCAUGUCAACUACAUACAAGAAAUUGCUAGCCAACCAGAUUUUGAUUAUCCUGCAGAAUUUUAUGAACACACAGAAAUUUUGUGGCGAGAUAAAGGAGUACAGAAUUGUUAUGAACGAUCUAAUGAGUAUCAGCUUAUUGAUUGUGCACAGUAUUUUUUAGAUAGAGUUCAUAUAGUAAAGUCUGCAGACUAUACACCAACAGAACAGGAUAUAUUAAGGUGUCGUGUGUUAACAUCUGGAAUCUUUGAAACCAGAUUUAUUGUUGAUAAAGUAAAUUUCCAUAUGUUUGAUGUAGGAGGCCAAAGAGAUGAAAGAAGAAAGUGGAUCCAAUGUUUUAAUGAUGUAACAGCCAUAAUAUUUGUCACUGCAUGUAGCAGUUAUAAUCUUGUACUACGAGAAGAUAACACUCAAAAUAGACUUAAAGAAUCUUUAGAAUUGUUUCAAAGUAUUUGGAAUAACAGAUGGUUGAGAAGUAUCUCAGUAAUUCUAUUCUUGAAUAAACAAGAUUUAUUGGCCGAGAAAGUGAAAGCUGGAAAGUCAAAAAUCGAAACAUAUUUUGCUGAUUUUGAACGUUACGCAACACCUGUAGACGCCCACACUGAACCUGGUGAUGACCCAGAAGUUGUCCGAGCAAAAUACUUCAUUCGUGAUGAAUUUUUACGAAUUAGUACAGCAACCAGAGAUGGACGUCACUAUUGCUAUCCCCAUUUUACGUGCGCCGUCGACACAGAAAAUAUCCGCAGGGUAUUCAACGAUUGUCGCGACAUCAUUCAGAGGAUGCAUUUGCGUCAAUAUGAACUUCUCUGAUGUGUGAUGAUGUCGAAGACAAUGAUGAUGAUGAUGAAGAUGAUGACGACGAUGAUGAUGACGACGAUGACAGUGGUUAUGGUGGCGGUAGCGACGAUGACAAUGAAGAUGGAGAUGAGGAUGAUGACAAUGAGGAGAACGAUGAUGACAAUGAGGAGAACGAUGAUGACAAUGAUAACAAUUAUGACGACAAUGAUGAUGAUGAUGAUGAUGAUGAUGAUGAUGAUGAUGAUGAUGAUGAUGAUGAUGAUGAUGAUGACGAUGAUGAUGAUGAUAAUGAUGACGAUGAUGAUGAUGAUACAAACGUCGUCGUCCCAUCAUGCUCUCUGUUAGACUUGAUGUGCGGCAACUUUUUAUCUUUUAACAAACAAAACAAAAUGGAAAAAAAAACAAAAACAAAACGAAAAGCGAAGGAAAAAAAAAUGAAAUGCGCCAUACACACACACAUGCACACACGCAUGCACACA